GAUCAUGGAUGCCGACGUGGCGAAGCCUCUCAAAAGAUCCACGCAGCUGAUAAAUCGCUACCUCUGCAAUAUCACACAAAUUAUUGCUCUAAAAACGUGGUGUCAAUUGUUUUUUUCUUACGAGAACAUUGCAAGAAACAAAUAACAUUGUUAAACAAGAAAAAUACAUGGAAAUCUCUUGCAGACCUUCUCGCAGAACUGCUUCGUCGUCGCUUUCGACGGACGAAGCCGGCAUCUACGAGCUUUCCUUGGCAGAGAGGGCAUGAAAGUAGCGAUUGUAGCGACCCACGUAAUGCAAGAGAAGGGACUCGACAACUGCCUUACCGAUCUGUGAGUCGUCGAAUGCAAAUGAGUGUACAAGACUUACGCUGGCAUGCUGCCCAGAAUUUCGCAACCUUCCCUCCACCUCUGCAAUGGCCCCUCCCACAGCGCCAGUCUGUUAUUGUUACGUGUCGUACGUGA